AUGGCGCCGGCAAUCCGAGGCGCAGCAGCGCUCUGCUGUCUGCUUGCCGUCCUCGCCGCAAGUCCCGUGCGCUCCUUACCCACGAUGUCCGCUUUGCGCGGUGACAUCGUGCGCGGUGCUACAAUCGAAUCGGCUUCUAUCGGAGAAAAUACUGAUGGUCUUGGCGCGUUUGAUGCUUCCCCGAGGCUUGUUGAGAAUCCGCUCGAUCUUGGAUUGGACGCGUAUAAGCCGCCGGAGGGAGACCUUCUUCGCGUGAACCGCGCGAAGGUUGGCGAAAGCGUUGGCGAAGGCGAGCCGGACAUUCGCCACACGGCUGGUUAUUUUCGCCUGAACCGAACACACGAUGCUAGGCUGUUCUACUUCUACUUCGAGUCGCGCGGCGACAAGGACACGGCGCCGCUGGUGCUGUGGAUGACGGGCGGCCCGGGGUGCAGCAGCGAGAUCGCCCUCUUCUUCGAGAACGGCCCCUUCACCAUCAACAACGACAACGCGUCGCUCUCGUGGAACCCCUACGGCUGGGACAUGGUAUCCAACAUCAUCUACGUGGAUCAGCCGGUCAACACGGGGUUCAGCUACAGCAGCGACCCGCGGGACAUGCGGCACACGGAGAACGGCGUCAGCCAGGACAUGUACGAGUUCCUGCAGGAGUUCUUCCUGGCGCAUCCAGAGCUGCAGGGGCGAGAGUUCUACAUUACGGGCGAGUCAUACGGGGGGCACUACAUUCCUGCUGUGGCGGACAGAGUGGUCAUCGGCAACAGGCGCAAGGAAGGGCUGCCUAUUAACCUCAAGGGAGUGGCGAUAGGCAACGGCAUGACGCAUCCCGAGGUGCAGUUCCCCAGCUACCCCGUCUUUGCGCACUCGCGCGGGCUGCUCUCAGACGCGCAGCUGCACCACUUCCAGCUCUUCAGCAAGCCCUGCCACUUCGCCGCACACUCCUGUGGCGAGUCUGGGAGAAUCAGCUGUGGGGCGGCGUUCAUCAUAUGCGAGCAGUUCUGGAGCUCCGUGUAUGCUGCCACGGGCUCAGGCACCCUCAACCCCUACGAUGUGCGCAUAGAGUGUGGAGACGACCCUCUGUGCUAUGACAUGUCAGCCGCAGACAAGUUCCUGGCACUCCCCUGGGUGCGCAAGGCGCUGGGCGUGGGCGACCGCAAGUGGGAGAGCUGCAGCAGCCGCGUGUAUCACGCCAUGCUCUUUGACUUCAUGCGAGACCUUGCUCCCAAGGUGCCUCACCUGCUCGCUGCAGACGUGCGCGUGCUGGUGUAUGCCGGAGACGCAGACUAUAUCUGCAACUGGAUCGGCAACUCGUGGUGGGUGAACUCCAUGAAGUGGCCGGGCAUGGACCGCUAUGCCAAGGCCCCGUGGCAGCCCUUCGUUGUCAACGGCCAGACCGCUGGGUCGGCAAGAAUCGCUGAGCCUCUUUCCUUCCUGCGCGUGCAUGAGGCGGGGCACAUGGUCCCCAUGGAUCAGCCCGAGGCAUCUCUCGAGAUGCUCCGCCGCUUCAUCCUCUACCUGCCACUGCUCGACGGUGCAGAUUACGAGUCUCGGCCCAACGGCGAUCUGGACGGUCCAGAAUGCAAGGAAUCGGUCGGAGUGGAAAUGGUCGGCUUGGAUCGCCCGGUGAACGGGGUGAUUGCUGCCGAUGGUGCUGGUGGCCGGGUUGCGGGUGUUGGUGCUGUUGGCGCUGCUGCUGAUGCAUCUGAUGCUAAUGCUGAUCCUGUGGUUGGAGUGGCUGUACCUGAGUUGGUGGCAACAGAAUAG